AUGAACGUCAAGCUAAGUCUUUCCAUCAUGAGGGCCAGCGACGACCUCUCCCGCGCUGUCAAGGAAGCCGUGAGCGACUACGUCGAACUCCGGGGUCUGAACGGCCUUUGCCCCGACGUAAGAAAAUGGAGCUCCCCCCCAGCCCCCGCCGCUUUUCUCGACGCCGGUCUUCCGAAAACCGGAGGAACCGGGUCUCUUCCUCGCGGACUCUUACCGUCUGUCAGUUCUAGCACCGCGGUGGGAGCACCAGGAGAAUUUCGGGGGUAUUCUUCGGAAGGCAAGAACCAGGUAAAGCAAUCCGGCACCACCUCUGGAACAAGUGUGGAAAAUGUCGUCAGCUUCGCCGACAACGGUAGCAGUCAUGUUCACCGCGGCAACAGGCGGUUGAGUUCGGGCUCACGGCACGGGGUCCGGAAAAGGAGCAGCUUGGACAGUGUCGCCAGCAGCAUCCCUCAACCGUCAUGGGAGGCCGAGGGGCCCGAUGGCUUCAUCAGCCAGGCAACGUCAAUGAUUGGUUUGGCUCUGUUUUCUGUGCACGGCAGCAGUGGCGAGAGGGGUUUGAUGGCGUCUCAGUCUACCCCAGAACUGGGCGGAAAUUCGAUGGCAAGCCUGUUGGCGGGAGACAUCACCGCGGUGGAUGCGAAGCAGCUUCUUCGCCGUUUGAGGCAACAAACCAAGACGUCGCGCCACCGCAGACAUGGCGCCAACAACAGCACCACCUCUACAACAAAGCCACGUAGCGGGGCUCGAACAUCUCGUCCUAGCUUCAAACGAAACCGUGGCGGUAAGGGCCCAGCGCAAUCGCCCCCACGAACUGGGGUGGGGUUAACGUUCCCCCCAUUCUCCCCGCCCGACGCCUGGGACGAUACCGGCCUGUUCACCGUGGCACCGCGGCCCAAGACGGUUCCUUCGCGUAUCCCGUCAAGAAUCCACCACGACCAGCAGCACCAGAGGCCCACCCUCGCAAGUCACACUCUCGCGAGCCCCGUGGUUGCGGGCAGGACCUCGGACCCCCCCUCCUCCGCGGUGGUGGUGCCCCCGGGCUCGAAUGGAAGGAACGUGGACGACUCUGCUGUUGUUGGCACUAUGCUGCCGAGAGAGUUGUGGCAAAAGGGCCAAGAUAUUGGAUUGGGGCGGUCUGGAUCUUCUUCUGACAGUUUCGGGUUGUGGCCGAAACGACGACGAAAGGUUGGCGGUGGGGCAGGAGAUGCCGCCGUGGAGUUCUUGGAUAUUAGGGAGGCGGCACUGGUAAGCGUAGCCGAAUCAUUGGCGAGAAGGGCCCUGCCCUGGCAAGCUCAGCUUUGUCCCAGAGCGCUCCAGGAUCUCGAGAUUGCCAGGGUGAAGAUCUUCCAUGCUUCUGAAAAGGAGCGGCAGGCGGUGCAUAAGGCUCGGCAAGACGAGAUCUUCAGGGGACAGCUUCUAGGGGAGGAACGAUCCUGGGAACUGUUCGGCAGGGCACAGGGCAGAUUGUUCGAGGGUUCUCUUGACAAGGCGCUGAUGAGGACCGCUCGGGUGCAGCGUGUGGAGGGGGCAUGGAAGGAGUUGCGGCUAGACGACGACCUGUCGAGUGAAAUCGCGGGAUAUGCAUCCAGUCAUACCCUACGUCCCCUUCGGUUCAUCAACAAGGGACUCGAUCGUUACAGCAUCGACGUGCUCGAGCAAGGGGAAGCAGACAGCGCCUGGCUUUGCAGGCGUAUCACCCAAGUGGACGUGCUGUGGGAUCCGUCAGCAUGCAUCGCUACGAAGGAGCGGGAAGAGCAGCGGGCGAACACCAUCCUAGAGGCCUGGAGGAAAGGCCACUUGGCGGCGACAUCUCAGCUGGACGCUUCACUUUGGUUAGAGGCGGUCGGGGCGAGGGCCUUGGCAUCGGAGGAGAGCGCGAGGUGGACGAGGGGAGUGACGGAGAUGGUUGACGAAGAUGGGCGGCGGGCGGAAGCGGAUCGAGCCAGCGAAAGAAGGCGAAGCUCGGACAGAUAUUCUAGCAUGCUGCAGAAGGCGUGUGAGUCGGACCGGGAUGAGAGGGGUGCCUCCCAAGAGGCGUGGAACUUGCAGGGGUGGCUCUCGGUGGGAUCACACAAGCUCGUUCAGCAGACACUGCGGGCUCUUGUUCGUGGGUGCAGCCACCCAUAUGCGGUCCGCGACGUGCUGUGGGAAGCUCGCAACGCCGCCGAGUUCGCGGCGGCAGCGAGAGCGGCUGCCGCUUCCCAGCUUGCCGAAGACUCCCGAGGGUUCUGCAACGCUCGCCGGGGUCGGAAAGCCAUGGUCAGGCAGCACAAGCAAGACAUCCUUCUCGCGGAGGAGAGACGAUCUAGCGCAGAGGACGCGGAACGAAGCCGCGCAGGUCAGAACACUAUCGAGACCUUCCUGAGCUCGUCGGUAACGGCCAAGAGGAACGGCAUCUUCGCCCAGGUUCAGGAGGAGAGGGCUAGCAUGCUAGCUGCAAGAGAGGCAGAGGUCGAGCGUUGCGAUCUGUUUCGAAAUGAGAUGAUGGGUGUGCAACACGAGGUAGACGAGGAGGCCAAGAGAGUGGCCGCCUCGCUGAGAGAGUGGAGGGAAGAGCAAGAACAGCAAAUCAAGGCAGAGGUAUCCUUUGCAAUAUCUUCCUUCGCGGAGGAAAAGGCGAGAGCGGCCGACCGAGAAGCCCUGCUCCGAGAAAUGCUGCUCACCGAGAGAGACAAGGAGGACAGGUUGCUCGAAGCCUGGCUCCUACGCCAAGAGCGCGAAGGCUGCGCCACUGUCAAUUCGCAACUCUUGGAGGCCCGCAAGCAGCUGACAGAGGACAGGGAACGAUGGGUUAACGAUAUUGUCGCCUCAAUGUCCGAAACUGCCGGAAAUGACACGGCGUUUUUCCAGAGUCCGCACGCUUGGGGUAGAAGCGGGACCUCUCACGACACUAUCGCCUCCGGCCACACAGCACCCGAGCGAACGCUUGUUGCGGGAGGUUUUCGUCAUGAUCUUCGGCAAACAAUGUCGGCGGACGGAGAACCCGGAGCUGGCAAGGGACACACCCUGACCAGAAGCGAGAGCAGUGGCUUAUUGGCGGCGACACCUGUGGAGGUCGAGGCCUGCCGCCAAAACUCCAGCCUUAUCGGGGAUGAACCCGAGGCUGCAUCGUUGACGGCGGAAGGGGAGGAGCAAGACCGGAGCCGGUUGAUAUUCGACGCAGCCGUAGCAACAAAGGCGGCAGCAACCCCGUCACAUGGUGUCAGCAACGACGACAACGACAACAAUGGUAACCACGACGGCAUACCCAUCCUGCCAGCUACCGUGGCGUUUGAAAAUGAAACCCUCGCCGCCCGCAAGAGGUCGGACCACCUGGAGUCCCUGGCAGUCCUGGCCCGUCAGGGGAUGUCGGCGCACUGGAAUGCGUUUUUCCGCGACGGGGUCGAGCGCACGAGAAUGGCGUCGGCGGCGGGGGACAUAACUGCCGAGCGAUGGGCGCAGCGACAGCGGCAAGCAAUCGAGGUUUCGAGAGUCUCUUGGCGAAGCAAGGAGUGGUCAUCGGGCAGCUCGACAAGCGACAGUGGUGUUGAUGGCGGCGAUGGGCAUGUGUCUGGUCCAGAGGGAAGAGUGGCAGAAGGCGACGGCGACGGUUGUAGCACCGGAACACAGGACAGUACCAAAGCUGAAGGCCAUCAAUCCAACGAAGACGGGGAAUGGUCUACGGCGACUGGGCUUGGCGAGGAUGCAGCACAUUCGCCUGAAGAGAGCCAAGAGGGUGGUGAUGGUGGUGAUCCAUGCUUUAUUGUCGUGAGAGACGUCGGGGGGUCCGGCAGCAACGAAGCCAUUUCGUCAGAAUCAGGAACAUCAACACCGACAGCAGCAGCACCAGCAGCACCAGCAGCACCAGCAGCUACAACAGACAAAAUCAUUUUGUUUGUUGGCAGGGCGAUGGCGUUCCAUAUGUCCACCGUGCGGGAGGGUCGAAUGGAUCACUUCCACGACACCAACCGCCGGCGCUGCUCGAGCGCAUCCUUGCCGCCGCAACAAGGGCAGCCGGGACAAAGCAUCGACAUCGACGCCCUCGAUCCGGACGGCGUUGUGGAGCAAUCCAGGGAGGCUGGGUGGCUGGAGGUCCUGGAACAUCUGGCCGAACACAACACGGUACUUGACUUGGGAGAAGUCGGAGCCACCUUCGGGGUCCUACCCGGAGGAGUAGCGGUGCUGUGCCUAGCCCACGACUGCCUUGUCGAGGGUACGGGCGAGACUCAGGGCUUCGUGCAGAUGGAUGUUCUUCUCUCCGCCACGUCGGCCUUCAUCGCGCUACGCCGGAGCAUUCGCGCGACGGCGGCAGCGACUACGACGCCCAUGACACCACGAUGCGAACCCAUCACAGCGCCCGUAGCAGGGGACGACGGUGGAGGUCGUAACACGCUGGAUUCCCACCCAGCAGUGCGAGGUGGCAAGGGGAAGGCCGUAGCCCUGGGUUCUGGUGAGCCGCUAGAGAUGCAGCCAGUGCCCGAGAUAGCGCCUUCCUCGCCUCCGCUAAUUUCGGGAUCGGAAACAGUGAGGAGCAACGCGACGGCGAUGACAACGACACCCACGGUGAUGUCCACAACAGUGGCGGCCGUCGCGGAGAUGGAAGUUGCGGUGGAACUUGAAGUGUACGGGGACGCGCUCUCCGCCGAUCUCGCCAGAGUCUGGCUACACCCGUCCUCGCCUCCCUUCCUUGGUUAUGGCCGUGGUACCGUGAGCGACAACGCUGCUGGCGCAUCCCAAUCAAGGUCUCAGGCUCACGGGUCUUGCUCCCAGUUCCAGACUUGGCGUAUCCGGCGAGAGGUGGAGAAGCACUCGGCGGUGCUGUCCCCGCAGAGCGUGUGCGCGUUGACGGCCCUUCUCUCGGCCAAGGGAAAAGCAUGGGCGGACCAUAGCACCACUACCAACCAGAAUUUCAACAACGACGACGGCGUUUGUGGUGGUCGUGAUGAUUACCGCAACGGUGAUGGUGGGGGUUCCCGCGGCGAGGGCUCGUCCCCAGUGGGAGACCCCACCGCCUGGAAGCUGGCGCUCUCUCGCGCCUUGCUCGUCGUGCGCACGGCAUCCCUGGAACACCUGACCCUGUGGGCUGACGCGUGCGAUCCCGGCAAGGUGGAAUCUGCUUGCGCCGCGGACGUAUCGAGGGCCGCAAUGACGCCAGAAACGAGGCGAGGGCCUGCAUCAGGUAUGGAUAGCGGUGAUGCGGAGGCCGCCGCGAGGGUGGCGGGUGACGGCGAUGAGAAGGCGGUGGACGGUGGCGGCGGGACCGACGCAGCCUGGGCGGCAUUGCACAGGGCGUCGGGUCUCGGGCUCUCCCCGCUCAUGAUGCUGGCAACCACCUUGUUCGAGGAUGAUGGCUCGACGGGAGCACCGCAAUUGCUUCUUGGCGACCGUGACGGUGCUGCCCGGAAGACUAGUGCUAACAGCAGCGGCGACACUCACGGCGGCGGACACGGUUCCACCGAGCCCGGUAGCGUCGCCAACUUGACGACUAUCAUGUCACGGUCAGUGCUACGGCUAGUUUCGCGAAACUCCCUCGAGAACGUAUACCGACGUCUUUCCCGACACAACGCCAGCCGAGGAGAAGAGGCAUUGUCAUCAUCACCAUCAGCAGCAGCAACAGCAGGAGGAGAAGGAGGGGCAGAAGCAUCAACCAUACAAGAGGGCCUGACCAACCCCGAGAGCAACAGUGAAAAUCGGCGUAAACUGGAAGGCAGCUGCGGUUUCGAAACUGAGAACCCUGAAGUUUUGUCGGACGUUCCCGGGCAUCCGGCCAUCGGAGAUCUUUCGAAACUUGACUCGGAGACACUAAGGGGCGGGGCGGAGGGCAUAGUGGCGGCGCUGGAUGCGAGGGGUACGGGCUGGCUGCCACCUGCUGUGCUCGCCGUGGCUCUGCAGAGUGGAGAGGCAGGUUUUCGGCUAGAGCCCGGCCAGGCGGACGUGGUGCUUCGACUGUCUGGUUGCUGGCCAGCUACAAGCUGCCCAGAGAACCUCCGCCGCAGUGAUCAACAGCAAGUUCCCGCUGCUGCAGUGAGAGAAGGACAAGACCUGGAAAAGGCAAACGAGGGCGAGUACUCCUAUCUCGGCUACCCCCCACGAACUCAAGCGGUACGCUACCGACCGCUGCUAGACCAACUCCCCGGGCUGCUGCGACUCGUGCAGGCGGCUCAUCGCCUGGGGAAAGCAGCGACGUUGCCUGGAGCAUUUAAGUCUUCUACGAUGACUCUUGGAGCGUACACGAGGCUCAAGCUGCGGUCUUCCCUCCUAGAAGCGCCUCGCCUCGAGACCAUGCAGCAGCUGGCCGACCAUGCCCGGGAGCGCACCUCAAGCGAGAGAAACGCCCGAGAGAUCGAGAACGCCCGCCGUGCAAAGGUCCGGAGAACGUUUACCUUCGCCACCAAGAACAAGGUUGAGGUGGCGAGCGGUACGGGGACGCUGAUGGUGAACAUGGAGAGGGCGAGAGCCGCCGCCACGGGCGAGCUGUUUGCUGCGCUGGGUCUGGCCAAGGAGCAGGCCCGGCAACGCUUGAUAGAUGCCGUUGAACAGCUGAGCACGGUGAUGACGGAGGCGGAAGAGGAGCUCCUGAGAGACGAGUCGGUCAUGUAA